ACAGCUUGUUCAUGCAUGUGAUAGGAUUAGCAAGCUGUUACACAUGAUUGUCGCCAUUUGAGUACUUCAUCAUGCGGUUUUCAAAGUUUGACUGGCUACAUUUAACCAUGCAUGUUUAUGUAUGGUAUGGUAUAAUAAACUAUUGGGAAGAAAUACUUCACCAGAGUCCAGAGGCAAAAUAAAACACCAGUUUCAGAAACAGUUCAGCUUAAUCCCUACAUCAGGAAUUAGUUGGGGAUCAACAUGUGCAAUUUGAAAAGAUGCUAACAGUACUUGUUCGUACCGUUUCUGUACCUGCAAACAAACAGUGAUACAUGCAGACUGAGCUAGUACUAGUAUAUAUACACAUGCAUACGACGAAACAAAAGCACCAAGCUUUCCUGCUUGUUGGCCUGCCUAUAUAGCUCCAACGAUCGCCUUUGCACAUAAAGGUCACCACCCUCCAUUUCUCACACACAAAGCUCUCUCGCAGAUAAGCCAGAGAGAGAUCGAGGAUGGACGAGUCGUGGAGGUGCACGAUGGGCUCGGUGCUGCCACGGCAGCGGUCGUCGGACCAGCACGCCGCCGCAGCCGGCGGCCACCAGAGCCUGGCCCCCGACGACUUCCGGGACGUGUACGGCGGGCCGCCGCGCACCGUGCUCCUCCGCAGCUUCGGCGGGGAGGCGGCCGACUACAAUUCCCCGACGGGCCACCAGUACGCGAGCUACGGUGGCGCCGAGGCCUUCUGCCGCCGGCCGUACCCCGACGGGCGCGCGGCGGCCGUGCCCACUGAGCAGGGCUUCUUUGACGACAUCUUCGGCGCCCGUCGGCACUUGAGGUCCAGGUCCAGGUCCAAGUCCAAGUCAUCGUCGGCGGUCAGCUCCGACGAGUUCCCCUCCGCCGGCUUCUGCCGGCCGGUAGCCACCGGCGGCAGCCGCGUCGACGCCACGCUCUCCUCGUUCACAUCUAGGCUCAGGCCGGUGACGAUCCCUUCGCGGCGGUACGACUCGUCGCCACCGUCAUCGACGUCGACGAGAGGGGAGUACCAGAGCAGCUUCACGUGCUCGACGGCCGCGUAUCCGGCAGCUCGCUACUACUACGGCGGCGACACCAACAAGGCCGCCGGCAGCAGGUCGAACCACAACAGCGGCAGAGCCGGCGGCGGCGGGUCGGCGGCGGCAACGCGGCACCACCGGAACCACCGCGGGGGCAGCAGCUUCUGUUGCUUCACGUCGAACCCGGAGACCAGCAGCAACGCGCCGAGCUUCCGGCAGGCCGCACGCGGCGCGCGGUCACCGGCCGCCGAGACCACCAUCACCGACUACUCCGGCGCCGACUACGGGUACUACUACUCGCCGCCGUCCGCCACGUCGUCGUCGCUCUUCACCAACCCGCUGGCGAGGACGCCGCGGCGGCUGGAGGAGGUGGUGAUGGAGGUGAGGGAGCGGGCGCCGCUGCUGAUGGACGACGGCGACGACAUCGACAGCGUCGGCGCCGCUGCGGUGGAUGAGGCGAUUGCAUGGGCCAAAGAGAGAUUCUGGAGCCAGGCCCGUUAACCGGACGAUCAGGAUAAAACAUCAACAACGUUGAUGAUCCGUCAAUUCAUGGCGUGCCUAUGUAAUUAUGCAACAUUCUACUGUAUGUAGUAUAUAUAGGCACCUAGUGACCAGGACCAACAUUUUGUAACGCUUCAUUCAUUAUGGAAGAUUGAAUACAUUUUCAGUUUGCACGUUAUAUAUCGAUCAAAACUCAUAUA